CCAUUCGGGCAGUGGUUUGUAGAAUUGUCGAAGACGAUAAAAAACAAAAAAAAUGGAAGAUUCGCCGGCGGAGGACAGGAGAUUCGAAUUUAUACACGAGUAUGUGUUGAAGACUCUAAAACUGAAACAGGACCGGUGGCAGAAAUGUAUUUCCAAUGAAGACAAUAAACAAGUUAUUCACGAGUUCUUGGACAAAUCCGACCAAACUACACUGGUUAUAUCUCUGAGUGGAGCUGGCCACUUGGUACCCGCUCUCGGGUUUCCCUCUACAUCGAAACAUAAGGCUGUUUAUUUCGUCAAAAAGAGUAAAAUAGCUCUAACCCCUGACUCGAUGAAAAGUCAAUUGGUUUAUGGAGACCUGUCCUACGCGCCACUUGACCAGUUUUCUGCGCUGGUGGAAGAGGUUGUGGUCCCAUUGCUGUCCAACGGUAGGAACCACAAUGAAUGGCCACAGGUGGUAUCCCAGGACAUUCAGCGCCAUGUUAAUUCCCUAAAAACCAAAGUGUUUGUAGUGUCUGGCCAGGUCAAAGGCAAGACCCUACUGCCUUUACCACCUGGGGCUGAGAGAGUGGAGCAGGCUGCCAUUGAGAGAGAAAAGAGGGGGGACGUAGUGGACAAGAGCAUUAUCCAUGCCAUAGAGUCAGUGGUAAUCGAGUGGAGCCACCAGAUCCGUGGGGUCCUAAAGAAGGACUCGUCUGAGCCUCUGCUGGGGGGAGAGAUCCCUACACCACAAACUGAGCUCAACUUCUGGAGGAACAGAUAUGCAGACCUGCAGUGCAUCCACUCUCAGUUCAAGUCCUCCAAGGUGACCAAGAUGGCCCAACUGCUGGAGGCUAUGGAAAGCAGCUACUGGCCUGCCUUUAAAGACAUGCUGCAGGACGUACUAGCAGCGUUAGAGGAGGCCAGGGACAUCUGCGCGUACUUGCAUCCGUUGCAGCGCCUAUUUGAGGACUUGGAGAAUAUGGAGUUCCCUGAGGUCAAAGGUCAGAUCGGUCCUCUGAUGCACGUGGUGUGCCUGGUGUGGUCCAAUUCAGGUUACUACAACACCCCAGCACGCCUCAUCGUCCUGCUCCAGGAGACGUGCAGUCUGCUCAUACAACAGGCACGGUUGUAUCUGAGUCCAGAGGAGGUUCUGAAGGGAGAUGUGUCUGAGGGCCUGUUUAAGGUCCAAACCUCCCUAGAUGUCCUGAACACCUUCAGACUGACCUAUAAUGAGAGGAAGGCAAGCCUGAGCCAGUACCAGAGGAACGGCAGGGAGGUCCGACUCUGGGACUUCAACCCACUCAUGGUCUUCUCUGGCUUUGACUGUUUUAUUAAUCGGGUCAAGACCAUUGAGGAGGUCCUGCUGACAGCGGUGGACCUGCUGAAGUUGGAGAAGGUGGAGUUUGGGGGCAUCAGAGGCAGAGCUCUCAGCCAUCAGGUCUCGCUGCUCUACCAAGAGUUCCUGGACACAUAUAAAGUCUUUUCUGAGGAGCCCUACGACUGUCUUGACGUCAGCAACAUGGCGUUUGAGGCAGACGUGCGUGACUUCAGAUACAAGGUGGAUGAUACAGACCGUCGUUUGGGGGCAGUCUUCUGUCAGUCCUUUGAUGACGCCUCUGGACUGGAACAUGCGUUCAAGGUGCUGGAUAUGUUUGGUAGCCUGUUAGAGCGCCCCCUCAUGGCAGCGGAAGCUCAGAACAGAUACCCUGUCCUCAUCAGCCUGUUUGACAGAGAGCUAGACUGCUGCAAAGAGCUCUUCAAAAAACACACCCAGACAGCUGAGGAACUGGGUUACACCCCUGUGAGUAGGAACAUGCCAGCUGUAGCAGGAGGUCUGAGGUGGGCUCAGCAACUGCAGGAGAGAAUACAGAUCCCCUUCUCCAAGUUCAGAUACAUCACCUACCCAUGUCUGGAGUCCCCAGAUGGCCAGAGAGCUGUGCAGAAGUAUGAGGAGAUGAUGCGGUUAUUGGACAGGUGCGCAGGUCAACUCUACGACGUGUGGACGGAGACGGUGGCUGAGAAGUCCCAGUACAAUCUGAACCUCCCCCUCAUUAGCCGAGACCCCAGCACCCGCCUGAUCUCUGUCAACUUCAGCCCACAGUUGGUGUCUGUCCUGAGAGAGGUGAGAUACCUGGAGGCCCGGCAGACUGAGUCCAUCCCGGAGACUGCGGUUCAGGUGUACAGCCGGAGGGGUCAGCUGUGGCAGCAUGUAACCAACCUGGAACUCACGGCCAGGAGAUAUAACAAGGUGGUGAGCUCAGUGCUGGAGGUGGAAGAACCCCUGGUCUGGGGACAGCUCAGAGACAUCGACACGUGCCUGAAACAGGCAGAGGAGGAAAUCAACUGGGACAGCCAAGGUAUUUGGGAGUACAUCCAGGAGUUGCGAGAUUGUGUGUCUGACCUGGAGAGAAGGUUCCAGAGGACAAAGGACCAUGUUGAGGAGAUCCAGGACUGUAUGAGGGCCUGGGCCACCCCCCUUUAUGACCGCAGAGAGGGCAAGAAAGACACUCUGCUCAGCCUGGAGGACAGGGCCGACAGGCUGGAGAGGUGUUACGCACAAAUACGCUCCUCUGGAGACAAGAUACACUUCUUGCUGAAGAGUAACCUGGAGUUGUUCAGAGCAGACCCGGGGUCUGAGGAGUGGAGAGCCUAUGUGGACUAUAUUGACGACAUGGUCCUGGACGGAUUCUUCAGCAGCAUUGAGUGCUCACUCAAGUUCUUCCUCGACAACACCGACCAGCGUGGCGGUGUGGCCCCGCUGUUUGAAGCCCAGCUGGACUUGAGGGUGCCUGAAAUGGUGUUCAACCCAUCGCUGGAGUACGGAGCUUCCGAUAGCUUCUAUGACCUAGUGGAGAGCCUGGUCAAUGAUAUCUACAGAACGUCUUCUCUGGUGCCACGUCUGGCCUCGCACAGCAGCUUCCCACACUACCAGGCUGACAUGGAGGACAUGGCUGACCUAGCCGACAUGCGACAGCUGCUGAUGGAGCGGGUGCAGGGAGCCAUGGCAACAUGCUGCGAGUACCGCAACUCACUGGAGGGCUACGCAUACCUGUACGUGGACGACAGGAAGGAGUUCAUGCGUCAGUUCCUGUUGUACGGCCAUGCGCUGACCAGUCAGGAGAUAGAGGCCCACGCAGAGGACGGAGUCCCUGAGAACCCUCCUACGCUGGAGCAGUUCAGAGAGCAGGUGGAUGGGUACGAGCGAAUCCACGAGGAGGUGCAGGGAAUGGAGCCAGUGUGUGUGUUCCACGGAUGGAUGAGGGUGGACGGACGACUGUUUAAAACUGCUCUCCUCAACAUCAUCAAGAAGUGGAGUCUCAUGUUCAAGCAACACCUCAUUGACCAUGUCACACACAGCCUGUCAGACCUGGAGGUGUUUAUCGGUGUAGCCGAGCAGGGGCUGGGCCACAGGGUGGAGGAGGGUGACUAUGAUGGCCUGGUCGGGGUCAUGGGUCACCUGCUGGCUGUGAAGGAGAGACAGGUUGGCACAGAUGCCAUGUUUGAGCCGCUCCAACAGACCAUCAUGCUGCUCAAGACCUAUGACCAGGACCUACCUGAUGUGGUCUACAGACAGCUGGAGGAGCUCCCAGAGAAGUGGACCAAUGUCAAAAAGCAGGCGUUGAUAGUGAAGCAGCAGGUGGCUCCUCUGCAGGCCAGCGAAGUGGCCGGGUUGCGCCGGAGAUGUGCCGCAUUCGACGUCGAGCAGCACACCUUCAGAGAGGGUUUCAGGAAGAACGGGCCCUUCAGGUUUGACAGCCAGAAGCCAUAUGCCAUGCUGGACGUGGCCCACACACAGAUCCAGGAGAAGGAGGCUGUGAUGGCUGGCCUGGUAGAGUCUGCCAGCCUGUUUGAGGUGACUGUCUCCGACUACAGACAACUGCGGCAGUGCAGGCGUGAGGUGGGCCUGCUGAAGGAGCUGUGGGACAUGAUCGCCACGGUCGACAGCAGCAUGUCUGCCUGGAGGACCACCCCGUGGAGAGACAUUAACGUCCAGGAAAUGGAACUGGAGUGCAAACGAUUCAGCAAAGACAUCAGGGCACUGGAUAAGGAGGUGCGAUCGUGGGAUGCUUUCUCAGGUCUGGACAGUAGAGUAAAGAACCUUCUGACCUCGUUGAGGGCUGUGGCAGAGCUCCAGAACCCGGCCAUACGGGCCAGACACUGGCACCAGCUCAUGGCUGCCACGGGGGUUCGCUUCACCAUGGAUGACGAGACCACCCUGGCAGACCUGCUGCAGCUCAACCUGCACUCCUUCGAGGAGGAGGUCAGGGGCAUCGUGGACAAGGCUGUCAAAGAGAUGGGCAUGGAGAAGGUGCUCUCUGAACUCAACUCUACAUGGACAGGUAUGCAGUUCCAGUAUGAGCCUCACCAUCGUACCCAGGUGCCCCUACUUCGCUCAGACGAGGAACUCAUUGAGACCCUGGAGGACAACCAGGUGCAGCUGCAGAACCUCAUGUCCUCCAAGUAUGUCGCCCACUUCCUGGAGGAGGUUUCGUCUUGGCAGCGGAAGUUGUCUGUGGCUGACGGAGUGAUCUCCAUCUGGUUUGAGGUGCAGCGAACCUGGACCCACAUGGAGAGCAUCUUCAUAGGCUCUGAGGACAUCCGCUCACAGCUGCCUGAGGACUCCAAACGCUUUGAAGGGAUUGAUGCGGAUUUCAAAGAACUGGCAAACACGGCCCAUAAAACACCCAACGUGGUGGAGGCCACCAAUAAAGAGGGCUUGUUUAGCCAACUGGAGGACAUUCAGAGCAGGCUGUCCCUGUGUGAGAAGGCCUUGACUGAGUAUCUGGACACCAAGCGUCUAGCCUUCCCCAGAUUCUACUUCAUAUCCUCUGCUGACAUGUUGGACAUCCUGUCUAAUGGAACCAGCCCCCUUCAGGUCCAGAAACAUCUGUCCAAGCUGUUCGACAACACAGCGAAGAUGCAGUUUGAGACAGAUGUGGAGGGAAACCCUACUAAGACAGGCCUGGGCAUGUUUAGUAGGGAAGAGGAGUACGUCCCAUUUAACCAGCCCUGUGACUGCACUGGACAGGUGGAGGUGUGGUUAAACCGUGUUCUGGACACCAUGCGGAAUACGGUGCGUCAUGAGAUGACCGAGGGAGUGAUGGCCUACGAGGACAAAGCUAGAGAACAGUGGCUGUUUGACUAUCCCGCGCAGGUGGCCCUUACAUGCACUCAGAUCUGGUGGACAUCAGAUGUGGGCAUGGCAUUUUCCCGCCUCGAGGAGGGAUAUGAGAACGCCAUGAAGGAGUACUACAGGAAGCAGGUGGCCCAGCUCAACACACUAAUCUCCAUGCUGAUUGGACAGCUGUCACCGGGCGACCGUCAGAAGGUCAUGACCAUCUGUACCAUAGACGUCCAUGCCAGGGAUGUGGUCGCUAAGGUCAUCGCUCAGAAGGUGGAGAACUCGCAGGCGUUUGUAUGGCUGUCUCAACUUCGUCAUCGCUGGGAUGAGAAGGAGAGACACUGUUUCGCCAACAUCUGUGAUGCCCAGUUCCUCUAUUCAUACGAAUACCUGGGCAACACCCCCCGACUGGUUAUCACCCCCCUGACUGACAGGUGCUACAUCACUCUGACUCAGUCCCUUCACCUGACUAUGAGUGGAGCCCCAGCAGGUCCAGCCGGCACCGGGAAGACAGAGACCACCAAGGAUCUGGGCCGAGCCCUUGGGAUCAUGGUCUAUGUAUUCAACUGCUCCGAACAGAUGGACUACAAGUCAUGUGGGAACAUCUAUAAAGGACUGGCCCAGACAGGAGCGUGGGGCUGCUUUGACGAGUUCAACAGGAUCUCUGUGGAGGUGUUGUCUGUGGUCGCUGUGCAGGUGAAGAGCAUCCAGGACGCCAUCCGAGACAAGAAGCGGAGGUUUAACUUCAUGGGAGAGGAGGUGAAUCUGUCCCCCUCUGUUGGCAUCUUUAUCACUAUGAACCCAGGCUAUGCUGGCAGGACAGAACUACCAGAGAACCUCAAGGCCCUGUUCAGGCCGUGUGCCAUGGUGGUGCCAGACUUUGAGCUGAUCUGUGAGAUCAUGCUGGUGGCUGAAGGCUUCCUUGAUGCCAGAGUCCUGGCCAGGAAGUUCAUCACCCUCUACACACUUUGCAAAGAGCUGCUCUCCAAACAGGACCACUAUGACUGGGGGCUGAGGGCCAUCAAGUCUGUCCUCGUCGUGGCUGGCUCUCUGAAACGAGGUGACCCAGACCGACCGGAGGACCAGGUUCUGAUGCGUGCUCUGAGGGACUUCAACAUCCCUAAGAUUGUGACCGAUGACAUGUCAGUCUUCAUGGGGCUUAUCGGAGAUCUCUUCCCAGCGCUGGACGUUCCCAGGAAGAGAGACCUGGAGUUUGAGAAGCAAGUCAAGCAGUCUGUUCUGGACCUCAAACUACAGGCUGAGGACAGUUUUGUACUGAAGGUAGUACAGCUGGAAGAGUUGUUGGCAGUGCGCCACUCUGUGUUCGUGGUGGGAAACGCAGGUACAGGAAAGAGCCAAGUGAUGAGGUCACUCCAAAAGACCUAUCAGAACAUGAAGCGGAGGCCCGUGUGGGCGGACCUUAACCCAAAAGCUGUGACCAACGACGAGCUGUUUGGCAUCAUCAACCCUGCAACAAGGGAGUGGAAGGAUGGCUUGUUCUCAAAUAUCAUGCGGGAGCUGGCCAACCUCAGUCACACUGGGCCUAAAUGGAUCGUUCUGGACGGAGACAUAGACCCAAUGUGGAUCGAGUCUCUCAACACUGUCAUGGAUGACAACAAGGUGUUAACCCUGGCCAGUAAUGAACGCAUACCUCUCAACCCGACCAUGAGGCUGGUGUUUGAGAUCAGUCACCUCCGCACUGCUACUCCUGCUACUGUCUCCAGAGCCGGUAUUCUGUACAUCAACCCAGCAGACCUGGGCUGGAACCCGCCCGUCUCCAGCUGGAUAGACAGGAGAGAGGUCCAAUCAGAGAAAGCCAACCUGACUAUACUGUUUGACAAGUACCUCCCUCCGUGCCUGGAUACCCUCAGGUCAAGGUUUAAGAAGAUCAUACCUGUUCCGGAGCAGAGUAUGGUCCAGAUGCUUUGUUACCUGUUGGAGUGUCUGUUGACCCCAGACCACACCCCUCCAGACUGCCCUAAGGAACUUUAUGAACUCUACUUUGUCUUCGCUGCUGUCUGGGCCUUUGGUGGGGCCAUGUUCCAGGACCAGUUGGUGGACUACCGUGUGGAGUUCAGUAAGUGGUGGGUGACAGAGUUCAAAACCAUCAAGUUCCCCUCCCAAGGGAGCGUGUUUGACUACUACAUAGACCCUGACACGAAGAAGUUUGAACCCUGGUCCAAGAUGGUGCCGCGCUUUGAGAUGGACGCUGAUAUUCCUCUACAGGCAUGUCUGGUCCACACUACAGAGACUAUCCGUGUCCGUUACUUCAUGGACCGACUGUUGGAACGCAGACGUCCUGUCAUGCUUGUCGGGAACGCUGGCACUGGGAAGUCUGUUCUGGUUGGAGACAAACUGGGAUCACUUGACUCGGACAAGUACAUGAUCAAAAACGUCCCCUUCAACUACUACACCACCUCCGCCAUGUUACAGGCGGUGCUAGAAAAGCCCCUAGAGAAGAAGGCUGGUCGAAACUAUGGCCCUCCAGGCAGCAGAAGGCUGGUCUACUUCAUAGACGACAUGAACAUGCCAGAAGUGGAUGCCUACGGCACUGUGCAGCCACACACACUGAUACGACAACACCUCGACUACAACCACUGGUAUGACAGGAGUAAGCUGCUGCUGAAGGAGGUCCACAGUGUACAAUACGUGUCCUGCAUGAACCCAACGGCAGGCAGCUUUACAAUCAACCCACGACUACAGCGUCACUUCUCAGUGUUUGCCCUGUCCUUUCCUGGAGUGGAGGCUCUGAGCACCAUCUAUAGCUCCAUCCUGUCUCAGCACCUCAGGGGAGACGGCUUCAGUGCUGCCCUGCAAAAGAGCUGUCCAACUCUGGUCCAGCUGGCUCUGGCUUUACACCAGAGACUCACCUCCGCCUUCCUGCCCACAGCCGUCAAGUUCCACUACAUCUUCAACCUGCGAGACCUUUCCAACAUAUUCCAGGGUAUUCUUUUCUGUACGAGCGAGUGUUUGAAGUGUCCCGUGGACCUGGUCAAGGUCUACCUUCACGAGUCCAACCGUGUCUACAGAGACAAGCUGCUGGAGGACCGAGACAUGCAGGCCUUUGAUAAGCUCCAGGCAGACAUGCUGAAAAAGUUCUAUGAGGAUAUGGAGGAGACUCUGGAGCAGGUUGGGGAGAUGAACAUAUACUGUCACUUUGCCUCUGGAGUCGGGGAGCCCAAAUACAUGCCUGUCCGGUCCGGGAGCUCCCUCAACAAGACUCUGCUGGAGGUGCUGGACAGCUACAAUGAAGUCAAUGCUGUCCUCAACCUGGUGCUCUUUGAAGACGCUAUGGCUCACAUUUGCCGUAUCAACCGUAUCCUUGAGUCCCCACGUGGCAAUGCCCUAUUAGUUGGCGUGGGUGGCAGUGGCAAACAAAGCCUGACCCGAUUGGCUGCCUUCAUCUCUAAUCUGGAAGUAUUCCAGAUCACACUGAAGAAAGGCUACGGCAUCCCUGACCUCAAGACUGACCUGGCAUCCCUCUAUGUCAAAGCGGGCGUGAAGAACGUUGGCACAGUGCUGCUGAUGACUGAUGCCCAGGUGGCAGAUGAGAAGUUCCUUGUUUUGGUCAACGAUCUUCUGGCAUCCGGUGAGAUUCCUGACCUGUUCCCAGAUGAUGAGGUGGAGAAUAUCAUCGGGAACGUCAGGAAUGAGGUGCGGGGACUUGGAAUGAUGGACACCCGGGAAAACUGCUGGAAGUUCUUCAUCGAUAGAGUCCGCAGGCAGCUCAAGGUGGCCCUUUGCUUCUCUCCAGUGGGAAGUAAGCUGCGCGUGCGUAGCAGGAAGUUUCCAGCGGUGGUUAACUGCACAGCCAUUGACUGGUUCCACGAGUGGCCACAGGAGGCGCUGGAGUCCGUCAGCCUCAAGUUCCUACAGGAGGUUGACAACAUUGAGCCUGAACUGAAGGAGUCAGUGAGUAAAUUCAUGGCCUACGUCCAUAUCAGUGUGAACCAAACCUCCAUGGAGUACCUCUCCAACGAGAGGCGUUACAACUACACCACACCCAAGUCCUUCCUGGAGCAGAUUAAGCUGUACGGAAGCCUGCUGGCCAAUAAGAACAAAGACCUGACCAUGAAGAUGGAACGCCUGGAAAAUGGCCUGCAGAAACUCAACAGCACCUCUGCUCAGGUGGAUGACUUGAAGGCAAAGUUGGCUGCCCAGGAAGUGGAACUGAAGCAGAAGAAUGAAGAUGCCGAUAGGCUGAUCCAGGUUGUUGGUGUGGAAACAGAGAAGGUAUCUAAGGAGAAGGCAGUGGCAGAUGAGGAGGAACAGAAGGUGGCAGCUAUAGCUGUGGUAGUCACAGGAAAGCAGAGAGACUGUGAAGAGGACCUUGCCAAGGCUGAACCUGCCCUCAUAGCAGCACAGGAGGCCCUCAACACUCUCAAUAAGAACAACCUGACUGAGCUGAAGUCAUUUGGUUCUCCUGUGGUGGCUGUGACUAAUGUGACAGCCGCUGUCAUGGUCCUGAUGGCCCCGGGUGGUCGUGUUCCUAAGGACCGUAGUUGGAAGGCUGCCAAAGUGAUGAUGGCUAAAGUAGACGCCUUCCUGGACUCACUGGUCCACUUCAACAAGGAGAACAUCCCAGAGCCCUGCCUCAAGGCCAUACAGCCCUAUCUACAGGACCCGGAGUUCCAGCCAGAACUAGUUGCCUCCAAAUCCAAUGCCGCAGCGGGCCUCUGCUCCUGGGUUCUGAACAUUGUCAAGUUCUACCAGGUGUUUUGUGAGGUGGAACCCAAGAGGCAGGCUCUGAGCAAGGCCAACGCUGAACUGGCCGCAGCCCAGGACAAACUUACCCUCAUCAAAACCAAGAUCAAUCACCUUAAUGAGAACCUGGCCAAGCUGACAGCCAAGUUUGAGAAAGCUACGGCCGACAAGCUCAAAUGCCAGCUGGAGGCUGAAUCUACCGCUCGCACCAUCUCCCUCGCCAACCGCUUGGUGGGCGGCCUGGCGUCUGAGAACGUGCGCUGGGCUGAGGCGGUGGAGAACUUCAGAUGUCAGGAGAGGACUCUGUGCGGUGAUGUGCUCCUCAUAACAGCGUUUGUCUCCUACCUGGGAUACUUCACCAAGCGCUACCGCCAUCAACUCAUGGACAACACCUGGAGACCAUACCUCAGUCAGCUGAAGGUGCCCAUCCCAGUGACCCCUGACCUGGACCCACUGACCAUGCUGAUGGACAACGCUGACAUUGCGGCGUGGCAGAAUGAGGGCCUACCGGCUGACAGGAUGUCCACAGAGAACGCCACCAUACUCACUUCCUGUCAGCGCUGGCCCCUCAUGGUGGACCCCCAGCUGCAGGGUAUCAAGUGGAUCAAAAACAAAUAUGGAGAGGAUCUACGUGUCAUUCGUAUCGGACAGAGAGGUUAUCUGGACUCCAUCGAGAGAGCUCUGUCUGCUGGGGAAGUCGUUCUGAUCGAGAAUCUAGAGGAAACUGUUGACCCUGUUCUGGGCCCACUGCUGGGCAGAGAGACCAUCAAGAAGGGCAGGUGUAUAAAGAUAGGGGACAAGGAGUGCGAGUACAACCCCAGCUUCAGACUAAUCCUCCACACUAAGCUCGCCAGUCCCCACUACCAACCCGAGCUCCAGGCCCAGUGUACCCUGAUGAACUUCACCGUGACCAGGGAGGGUCUGGAGGACCAGCUGCUGGCUGCGGUGGUCAGCAUGGAGAGGCCCGACCUGGAAGAACUCAAGUCCAACCUGACGAAGCAGCAGAAUGGUUUUAAGAUCACCCUGAAGACCCUGGAGGACAACCUGCUGUCCCGUCUCUCCUCUGCCUCAGGGAACUUCCUGGGAGACACAGAGCUGGUGGAGAACCUGGAGAUCACCAAACGCACAGCCGCUGAGAUCGAGGAGAAGGUGAAGGAAGCCAAGGUGACGGAGGCCAAAAUCAAUGAGGCACGGGAGCACUAUCGGCCAGCAGCGACCCGGGCCUCCUUAUUGUACUUUAUAAUGAAUGACCUCAAUAAGAUCCACCCAAUGUACCAGUUCUCUCUCAAGGCGUUCAGUGUGGUGUUUCAGAAUGCGGUGCUCAAGGCAAAGGAAGAUGAAGUGUUGAAGAACAGAGUGUCUAACCUGAUAGACAGUAUCACUGUGCAAGUGUUUCAGUACACCACAAGAGGCCUGUUUGAGUGUGAUAAACUCACAUACAUCGCACAGCUUGUCUUCCAGAUCCUGUUAAUGAAUAAGGAGAUCAACCCCACUGAGUUAGAUUUCCUCCUGAGGUAUCCCGUCCAACCCGGAGUGACCUCUCCUGUUGACUUCCUGUCCAACCAUUCCUGGGGUGGUAUCAAGUCACUGUGUUCCAUGGAAGAGUUCCGCAAUCUGGACCGGGACAUUGAGGGUUCUGCUAAGCGCUGGAAAAAGUUUGUGGAUUCAGAGUGUCCAGAGAAGGAGAAGUUUCCUCAGGAGUGGAAGAAUAAGAGCUCCCUACAGAGACUGUGUAUGAUGAGAGCCAUAAGACCUGACCGCAUGACUUACGCCGUGAGAGACUUUGUGGAGGAGAAGCUGGGGAGUCAGUAUGUGAUUGGCAGGUCUCUCGACUUGGCUGUGUCCUUUGAGGAGUCUGGUCCAGCCACGCCCAUGUUCUUCAUCCUCUCUCCAGGAGUCGACCCGCUGAAGGAUGUGGAGAAACACGGCAGGAAGCUGGGCUAUACCUUCGACAGUGGUAACUUCCACAAUGUGUCUCUUGGCCAGGGACAGGAGGUUGUGGCUGAACGGGCUCUGGACCUGGCUGCCAAGGAGGGACACUGGGUUAUACUGCAGAACAUUCACCUGGUGGCCAAGUGGUUGGGUUCACUGGAGAAGAGACUGGAGUACCAUGGGGAGGGCAGUCACCCCAACUUCAGGGUCUUCAUCAGCGCAGAGCCUUCAGGGACCCCGGAGGGCCACAUCAUACCACAGGGCAUAUUGGAGAACUCCAUCAAGAUCACCAACGAACCGCCCACCGGCAUAAACGCCAACCUGCACAAAGCCCUGGACAACUUCAACCAGGAUACGUUGGAGAUGUGCGCCAAGGAGAACGAGUUUAAGAGCAUCCUGUUUGCACUGUGCUACUUCCAUGCGGUGGUGGCUGAGAGGAGGAAGUUUGGAGCUCAGGGCUGGAACAGAUCUUACCCCUUCAACACGGGUGACCUCACCAUCUCCAUCAACGUGCUCUACAACUACCUGGAGGCCAACUCGAAGGUGCCCUAUGAUGACCUGCGCUACCUUUUUGGAGAGAUCAUGUACGGAGGUCAUAUCACUGAUGACUGGGACAGAAGACUCUGUAGGACUUACCUGGAGGAGUACAUCAGGCCUGAGAUGAUGGAGGGAGAGCUGUGCCUGGCCCCUGGCUUCCCUCUGCCUGGGAAUAUGGACUACAACGCGUACCAUCAGUACAUUGAUGACGUACUUCCUGCGGAGUCUCCCUACCUGUAUGGCCUGCACCCCAACGCUGAGAUCGGCUUUUUGACGCAGACGUCUGAGAAACUCUUCCAGACAGUCCUGGAGAUGCAGCCCAGGGAUGGAGUGGCCGGCGAGGGUAGUGGGACCACUAGGGAUGAGAAGGUCCGGUCUGUGCUUGAGGAGAUCAUGGAGAAGUUACCAGAGGAGUUUAACAUGGUGGAGCUCCAGGGGAAGGCUGAGGAGAGGACACCCUACCAGGUGGUGGCGCUGCAGGAGUGUGAGAGGAUGAACACACUCACCCAGGAGAUAAGGCGAUCCCUACGCCAACUCAACCUAGGACUCAAGGGAGAGCUGACUAUGACCAGUGACAUGGAGAGUCUCCAGACAGCCAUCUUCCUCGACCUGGUUCCAGAGUCAUGGACCCGACGGGCCUACCCCUCCAUGUGUAGCCUGGCUCUGUGGUUCACUGACCUUCUGGGGAGGGUCAAGGAGCUGGAGGCUUGGGCCACCGAUUUCAUCCUGCCCUCCACUGUCUGGCUGGCUGGAUUCUUCAACCCUCAGUCAUUUCUCACAUCCAUAAUGCAGGCUAUGGCCCGCAGGAACGAGUGGCCGUUGGAUCGGAUGUGUCUGCAGUGUGACGUCACCAAGAAGAACAGAGAGGACUUCAGCACUCCUCCCAGGGAGGGGGCCUACAUACAUGGCCUGUACAUGGAGGGAGCGCGCUGGGACACUCAGACUGGCAUGAUGGUAGACGCUCGUCUGAAGGAGCUGACCCCCACAAUACCAGUUAUCUUCAUCAAAGCCAUCCCCGUGGACAAGCAGGAGGUGCGUAACGUCUACCAGUGUCCUGUCUACAAGACCCGACAGAGAGGACCCACCUAUGUAUGGACCUUCAAUCUCAAGACCAAAGAGAAGCCCUCCAGGUGGUCCUUAGCAGGGGUGGCUCUGCUGCUGCAGAUUUAAAGGAAAGAUUAGGGGCGCCAUUCUUUUGUUUAUUUAUUUGCACCCAAAGUUAUAAACGUACUUUUAGGUUUUUGUCACCUUCAUUAGACAUUAUUUUGCAAGCCAUCUUUGGAAUUUAUUUAACAGACUUUUUUUUUUUUUUUGCCUAUUAAUCUAGCUAAACAUUCACAUUAUAUGUUUUCUGUUUUUUUUUCCAAUUUUAUUUCUAGUUGAGAUCUCAUCUCACUUUUUGACCUCUCUUGAGUUGCAAAGGCCUAUGCCACAGCUGUGCCGUUGCUUCAGUGCCACCGUGGUUGAGUCCCUGGUUCUGCCAUACCGGCCGAGGACGAGUGUCUCUUCAGGGCCUUGCCAACUGACACACGCAUCAUCCGAGUGGGAGGGAGGUAUGGCCAGUGAAGGUUAUGGCCUGUCGAAUCCCUGCAUCUAAUGUUGGUUGUUAGAUAGAGGAGUUAUUCUCCAAGCAUGUUGUUGUCCAACUGACUUCCUGGUGAAGUAAGAUAAAAAAGCAGAACGGCACGAUGGGACGUACGGAUUUAAAAUGGAUUUAUUCAGUCUAAAUCCUAUCCUCCCUACCUGAAUAGAAAUCCUGCACAAAACACAUAGCUUUGUCCUGUAAUACUGUAAAAAAUCUGUAUAAUCAUUCUUGAAAAAGGCAUGUUCUACUCUGGCUCUCUCAAAUAGUAGUUCCUUCUUUUUCAAACACCUAUUUUGUAGAAUAAAGACUUAUUUAUUUAACCACUCAA